UUUCCCUUUAGGUUAGCCUUUUAAACUGAAUAUCUACGCUUCUUGUAUUUUCGGAAAAACACACAUCUACAGUUAAAGGACACAUUGACGUUCUAUCUGGUCAUGGUGCUCUCUCUGGCCUCCUGUGUUUCGGUUCGCUCCUCCUCCUCCUCCUCCUCCCUCCUCCUCCUCUCCCGCCUCCUGCCGUCGCUCCUUCUCCUGGCCGCCCUCCUCGCGUGCCCGGGCCCGGCGGGCGGCUGCCCCGCCCGCUGUGAGUGCUCGGUGCCCACGCGCUCGGUCUCGUGCCACCGCCGGCGCAUGCUCACCGUGCCCGAGGGCGUGCCCAUCGAGACGCGGCUGCUGGACCUGAGCAAGAACCGCCUGCGGAGCCUGGCGCCGCAGAACUUCUCCCAGCUGCAGCAGCUGGAGGACCUGGACCUGAGCGCCAACCUGCUGGCCUCGGUGGAGCCCGGAAGCUUCCGCGCCCAGCCGCGCCUGCGCACGCUGAUCCUGCGCGGCAACCAGCUGACCCUGCUGCCGCGCGGCGCUCUGGCCGGCCUGGGCGAGCUGCGCGCGCUGGACCUGAGCCAGAACAAGCUGGUCGUCCUGCUGGACGGCGCCUUCGAGGAGCAGCGGCGGCUGGAGACGCUGGAGCUGAGCGACAACCAGCUGGUGUUCAUGGCGCCGCGGGCCUUCGCCGGCCUGCUCUCGCUGCGGCAGCUGGCGCUGGAGCGCUGCAACCUGUCGGCCGUGCCCGGCCAGGCGCUGGCGCAGCUGCGCGCCCUGGAGACGCUGCGGCUGAGCCAGCUGGCCAACGUGGCCGAGGUGCCGCCGCACGCCUUCCGGAACAUGCCGCGCCUGCGCCACCUGACGCUGGAGCGCCUGCCGCUGCUGGAGGCGCUGCCCAGCCCGGCGUUCCUCGGGCUCAACCUCACCACGCUGGCCGUCACGCAGACCAACCUGUCGGCGGUGCCCGCGCUGGGCCACCUGCGCCACCUGGCGCUCCUCAACCUCUCCCACAGCCGGGUGCGGGUGCUGCGGGCGGGGGGGCUCCGCGGGCUCGCCAGGCUGGAGGAGCUGCACCUGCGCUCGGCCGCGCUCGAGCGCGUGGAGCCCGACGCCUUCCUCGGAGCGCCGUCGCUCCGGCUGCUGGACGUCUCGUCCAACCGGCUGGCCACGCUGGAGCGCUCGGCGUUCCCCGAGGGCCACGACCUGAGCCUGCGGGCGCUGCGCAUCGGCCGCAACCCGCUGGUGUGCGACUGCCGCCUGCGCUGGCUCCUGCAGAGGGCGCCGCCGCUCCUGCACGCCCCGGCGACGACAGACAAGCGGAACCCGGCGACGACGACGCCCGACGACGCCCCGCCCGAGUGCGCCGCCCCGGCCUCCCUGGCGGCCAAGACCCUGCGCGAGGUCUGGUCCGACGCCCAGCUGGCGCGGCUGGUGGUCUGCACCAAGCCGCGGGUCAUCGCCGUGGCGACGCAGCCCGUCCAGGUGGAGGAGGGCCAGCGGGCGUGGCUCAACUACAGCGCUAUAGGAUUUCUAUAGUGAUCUAUAAUAUUGCUGUGGUGUUCUGUAAUACCUUUAUA